AUGGAGCAGGCCAUGGUGAGAGCACAAGGAGCCAGUCAGGCUGCUGCCACCAGAGCAGGAGGCUCGGAGCAUCAUCUCACUGACAUUAUAUACCUCAAAAAUGCGAUUGAGGCAGCAAGGAGCACUAGCAGCAGAGCGCAGAGGAGCUGUGCAGAGCUCACCUCUCCCUCUUGCAGCACCAUCGCCUCCAGCCCAUCCUCUGCCAGACUUAGCAGCAAAAUGCAGCGUCUACAUCUUCUCUGCCUCAGUUUCCUGGUUCUGGGAUGUAUCCUGGAUGUGCAUGGUGUGAACAACGCCCUGGACUGCUGCCUGCGAACGAGAGACACGCGGAUCCCACGGUGGAUAGUGCAGGACUACUGGCUCCAGUUGGUGCAGGAUGGCUGUGAGAUCCCGGCUGCCGUGUUCAUCACCACAAAGGGCAAGCGCCUCUGUGCCCCGCUGCAAGCUCCGUGGGUAGUUCGCCUUCAAGAGAAGCUGCAUGCCAGCUCUUCCAGGAAGGUAAGACCCACUCCUGUUCUCAGACAGGAAUGGGGGCAGGCUGCGUGGCAAACGCCAGGGCAAUUAGGCCUCAAAGAAGACCAUGGCCGCCCCCAGCACCUGGAGUGGGGCCGGUGCCCAGCUGUGAAUCUGAAGCUAAUGGAGAUGACCCGCUUCCACCUUCAGCUGCAGGGAUGA